AUGGCUGACUGGAGCCUGCUGGGAAACUUCCUGGAGGAAGUGCAAGAACACUCUACCUCCAUUGGCAAGGUGUGGUUGACCAUCCUGUUCAUCUUCCGUAUCCUGGUGCUUGGGACUGCUGCUGAGUCCUCUUGGGGUGACGAACAGGAAGACUUCGACUGCGACACUGAACAGCCAGGUUGCGAGAACGUCUGUUAUGAUCAAGCCUUCCCUAUAGCGCAUAUACGAUACUGGGUGCUCCAGAUAGUGUUUGUGUCGACUCCCAGUUUAAUCUACAUGGGCCACGCCAUGCACAUCGUCCGCAGAGAAGAGAAGGCGAGGGCCAGAGAGGAGGAAGAGGGAGAUGGAGGAGGGAGAGAGGACGAUCCAGGAGGGGGAGAAGGAGGAGGAGGAGGAGGAGAAGGAGGUGGUGGUGGAGAGAAACAUGAGAGGAGAGAAGAAAAGGAUGAAGGAAAGGAAAAAAGAGAAGGUGCAUCAGUAGGUCGAGUCCGUCUGAAGGGGGCGCUGCUGCAGACUUACGUGAUGAGUAUACUCCUACGAACCAUCAUGGAGGUGGUGUUUCUUUGUCUGCAGUACUUCCUGUAUGGGAUCUUCCUCCAUCCUCUGUACGUCUGCAAGGCCUGGCCGUGUCCUCAUCCAGUGAACUGCUACGUCUCCAGACCGACAGAGAAAAACGUCUUCAUAGUCUUCAUGUUGGCUGUGUCGGCGGUCUCUCUGGUCCUCAGCGUCCUCGAGCUGAAUCACCUGGCGUGGAGACACUGCUUCAGGAAAUUAAUCCACUCCAGGAAGGCCGCCACUCCUGCUGAAGCUUCGCUGAGCCGCCAGCUCUCCAUAUCUCCUCCACCUCCAUCAACGCCACCUCCAGAUUUCAGCCAAUGUGUGACCGGCUCCUCGCACUUCCUGCCGCUCCCUUUCCCCAACCAUCAUUUAGCUAACCAACAAAACUCAGACAACAUGGCCACCGAGAAGCACAAAAUGGCCUCGUCUGCAGAAAACGAAAACAACCUCCAGAUGAACUGCUACUCGGCCGAAUGGCAGAAGAGCGGCAACGGUCAGAUGAAAGACGAAGAUUACCUGAGGUCCGACAUUAGCGGCUACAGCCCAGCGAGCAGGGACAUCAGCUGCCCUCAGAUCCAAAAUGGAGGCCCAGAUAGGAUCUUGCCUUACUCUAACGGAGGGCUCUGCCUGAAGGACAAACGCAGAUUGAGCAAAACUAGCGGAACGAGCAGCCGAACGAGAGCCGACGACCUUUCUGUUUAGAAAUAAGACAGAAACAGACAGAUUUUAACUACUCACACACACACACACACCCGUAUGACCUUUAUAUUCACACACAUGCACAUAAUACAUAUCACUACACACAGCCUCCAUUUAAUCCUGACUGUGCCUUGCUCUGUUUGGCUCUCACUGCUUUU